AUGCUGAGAGCUAGAAACCGCGUUUUUUCAGCCUAUAUAAAGAGCCAAGACGCCGGACUACAAUCACUUUUGCGGAUACUGAGUCCUGGAGAUCAGUAACUGACAGCGAUCUUAUACCCAUAUUUAUCAUAAGUUUACACAACAUAUGUCAGAUUCAAACUGCAAUGGAGAGCAGACGGUGAAACGUAACUACUCUAUACAUCAGUCGAAAACUGCCCGAACCCCGUCCCGACUAUAGCCUACCUGAACGAGGACUAAAACUCGAGAAAUGUAUCGAUCGACAAAAGGGGCUUCGAAGGCACGGAGGGACCAAAUAAACGCGGAGAUUCGUAACCUGAAAGAACUUUUGCCCAUCUCCGAUGCAGACAAGGCACGGCUCUCCUACCUCCACAUCAUGUCUCUGGCCUGCAUGUACACGAGAAAGUCCGUCUUCUUCUCUCAAGAGAUGGUGAUGACGGCUCGUCGCGAGGAGCGUGGACACGGGAGCCUGCUGUCCUUAGGCGAACUGUCGGAGCUGUUGAACGCGCUGCCGGGAUUCCUGCUUCUCAUCUCGAGCGAGGGAAAACUUCUCUACCUGUCAGACAACGUCGCGGAGCAUCUCGGCCAUUCAAUGGUUGAUCUGGUAGCCCAGAGUGACAGUGUAUAUGACAUCAUCGAUCCCAAUGACCAUUUUAUCCUGCGAAAUAAUCUCGUACCGACGACUGCAACAGAUACAGAUCGCCUUUUCCGAUGCCAUUUCAACACCUCCAAGUUCAUUCGUCGCCAGGGAGCUGGAAACAAGCUGACGUUGGUGCGCGCGCGUUGCCUGUCGCUCCCGAAUUCCGCCUCGUCCUACUGGUCCUCUAACCCCGUGUGGAUGUGCUCGUGCUCACCCCUGGAGCCCCAGACUCCGUACCCCGCCACGCCUAAGAACCCCCUGCUGACGCCGCCUCCCGACCAAUCUUUCUUCCUGGCGUGCUUCCACUCGAGACACGCGCGAGACAUGAAACUGUUGGACGCGCACGACAGCAUCAGCGUGUACCUGGGAUAUGAGGUGGAGGAGCUGCGCUCUCGCUCCUGGUACAGUCUGCUCCAUCCCAGAGAUCUGCCCCAUGCCUCAGCAAAACACUGCACGCUAUUGCGUGAUGCGGGGCAGCGGAGGGUGGAGAUGGUGGUGCAGGUGGAGGCGUGUGGCGGCUCCUGGGUUUGGCUCUACAUGGUGCUGCAGUUGGAGACGGGGGACCAGCCGAUCAGCUGCCUCAACUACGUCAUCAGUGAGUCUGAGGCCUGGUCAGUGCGCCAGCAGCUGUCUUUGGAGCAGAGCCAGCUGGCGUUGUACCUGGGUGCGGGUGACAGCAGUGGUGGCGUGGGUGGCGCGGGUGGCGUGGGUGCUGGCGAGCCCCUGGGCCUCUCCUGCUGCCCGUCGGAGCCGCUGUCCAGCCCAGACCAGGUGUUCACGCCCAGCAGCAGCGGCCUGUCGGGCCAGUCCUUCGACUUCAGCCUGCCCACGUCCAGCCAGAGCUCCUCAGACGAGCUGGCCGGCGCCGGGCCCCUGGACCUCCACCUCCACCCCCACCACCAGCACCACCAGGCCCAGCAGCAGAUCCUCAACCCCCAGGAGGGGUUCACUCUGUUGGGGCAGUGGGGUGGGCACGCUGGGCCCCUCCUGACCCCUGCUGUCUCCUCUCUAAACCGACCCCUGCCCCCCCUGCCCCCCCUGGCCAUGCCCCCGCCCCAGCAGAAGGGGGAGUUUGUCUGCACCCCCCCCUACACCCCUCGCUUCGGGGGUGCGGCCAGCUUCCUGUUUGGAGACGAGCACUUUGGUCUGGACUCCUCGUCCUCCUCCUCGGGGGUGACGACGUGCGCCGUGCCCGCCUCUGCCCUCUGUGCCCAGCCUCUCCUGAACUGCUCUGACCUGGGGCCGCCCCUGCCCCCCGAGUGCCCCGGUGCCCGUCAGAAGCCCCGCUACGGGCAUCUCCCUCUGGGGCACCACCACGCGUCGGCCGUCGCUGGCGUCGAGUACACCACCAUGGCUCUGCCCGAGAUCCGGGGGCCACUGUAUGUGGACGUGCCCCAUGGGCACUACCCGGUGCCCCCCGAGGGCUUGCUGACCCCCGACGCCUCCCCCACCAAACAGCCCUUCCCCCCGGCCUUCUUCCCCCAGGACAGGGGCCGGCUGGAGGAGAUGGAGAGGUUGGAGAUCUCUCAGCUGGCCCAGUACAUCAGUGCAGUGGCCGAGGGUUUCUAUGACAACCCCCUGCACCCUAAACCCUCCGCCCCCCGCCCCAUGCCACCCCGCUGGUCUGCCCAGAGCGAGGCUGUGCCCGUCUGCCAGCUGUUCUCCGCUGGCGCGUGGCUGCCCACUGUAGACUUCCAAGCGGUCCAAGAGGACAUCUCUCUGUUUGAAGAGAGCAUGGUAGUGGACAUGUCUCCCCAAAACACCUCUUCCUCCCCACAUCCACUCUCCUCCUCCUCCUCUUCCUCCCCCUCCUCCUCCUCCUCCUCCUCUCCCCCUGCUCCCGGGACAUGGCCUUCCCCCUGCCACUCUCAGGUAGCUCAGUUCCCUAUUGGUGAAUACCAGUUCAGUAGCGUCCAAUCGGCGCAUCGUAACCACCCAGUUGGGGGCGGGUUCCUCGGAGCUGGCGUGACGGAGGAGGUUGCCAUGGCUCCUAGUGGGGUGGACGUGGAGAUGGAGGUGCUGGACGCAGCCGUGCUGCCCCCCUCACAGUCCUCCAGUAUCCCAUCAUCCCCUGGGGCAGCCGUGCCUCCUCCUGCCACCGCCGCGCUCGCAGGUCCUGCCCCCCAACCGUCCUGCGCCCAGUCCCUCCUGGAGGAGCUGGUGUCCAUGGAAACAGUGUUUGGGGCUGCUGCCCCGAUGCCCCCAGCUGUGGGGCAACAUCCUGAGUUGUAUCAACUCCCUCACCACCCCCUGCAUGGCAUCUACCCUGAUGGGACCAGUGAUCACACGUUGUGAAAUAAGUCUAUGACUUAAUUAAGUAUGGCAUAUUGCCGUCACUAGUGGAGCCACAUUUCUCAGAAAUCUUUGCUGUAUAAUAUCUAUACAACAUGUAUAAAGAGCCAAAAAAAGAACACUUUCUAACACGCUAGUUAAGAAACAUUACAGUUUUUUAAAAAGCACAUUUCUUGUUUGUUUAUUGACUGAAUUGAAUGUCACUUGAGAAAAGAGGCACCGUGUCCGUAUUCACUUAUGUGAAGACUAUCUAUUGGAUGCACUCCAUACACUUGAGUGUGUGUGUGUGUGUGUGUGUGUGUGUGGAUGCACUCCAUACACUUGAGGGGAACUUGUUUGAGCUGGUUCCAAAGCCCACAGUGUUUCAAACACAAACGUAGAGUUGUCUACGCUUCAGUAAAGGAUGAUUCCUAUGUUCUUGAUAUGAAAUAUACAAUUAUCUUGAUUACAAGAAAUAUUUAUGUCAGUGCAAUUCUGUGUACAGUAUAUGAGAGUAACUAUGUGAUAUUUGGACAAUAUAUUUUAUGCAAUUUGCACCAGUAUUUAUUGACUUGGAGAGUUUAUUUAUUGCAAUCCUAUGAGCUGUCUUUUUGUCUCUAUUUAAAAUGGAGAGUUUAUUUAUUGCAAUCCUAUGAGCUGUCUUUUUGUCUCUAUUUAAAAUGGAUCAGUUUUAUUUUAUUGUCUUCUGCUGCCACCUGGCGCAUGGUCGCUAGUGUGUGUUGCUAGUGUGUGUGUUAGCCGUGUGGUGGUGUAUCCUGCAGCAUGUCAAUGUGGAAACGCAGGCACUGGGCCUUCAUUAAACA